AUGGCCCCCGUUCCUCGCGUCUACUCCAAGACCUACAAGGUCCCUCGUCGUCCUUUCGAGUCGGCUCGUCUUGACUCGGAACUGAAGAUUGUCGGCGAGUACGGCCUGCGCAACAAGCGUGAGGUGUGGCGUGUCCAGCUCACCCUGUCCAAGAUUCGUCGUGCUGCUCGUGAGCUGCUCACCCUCGACGAGAAGGACCCCAAGCGUCUUUUCGAAGGUAACGCUUUGAUUCGCCGUCUGGUCCGUAUCGGUGUGCUCGAUGAGUCCCGCAUGAAGCUCGAUUACGUCCUGGCCCUCCGUGUCGAGGACUUCUUGGAGCGUCGUCUCCAGACCUGUGUCUACAAGCUUGGCCUUGCCAAGUCCAUCCACCACGCCCGUGUCCUCAUCAAGCAGCGCCACAUCCGCGUCGGCAAGCAGAUCGUCAACGUUCCCUCCUUCAUGGUCCGUCUUGACUCCCAGAAGCACAUCGACUUCGCUCUCACCUCCCCCUACGGUGGUGGUCGCCCUGGUCGUGUCCAGCGCAAGAAGGCCGCUGCUGCCAACGAGGGCGGUGACGAUGCCGCUGAGGAGGAUGAUGAGUAA